AUGUCGCGAGAAAGACCAAGGAGGGCUACUUUGCCUCCUGCUGAAGAGACUAUUGAGAAAUUGGAGAAUAUGAUAAAUGAGGGUAAUUACUACGGAGCUCAACAGAUGUACAAGUCUAUCAGUGCAAGAUAUGCAUCUGCUCAAAGACAUUCUGAAGCUUUGGACAUUCUUCACUCGGGUGCAUGCCUCCAACUGAAAAAGGGCCAGGUUACUUGUGGGUCGGAGCUUGCUGUGAUCUAUGUGGAGACGCUUGUUAAAGCAAAAGUUCCUUAUGAUGAUGAUGUACUUGAUGGCAUCAGAAAAAUCUACAAGAAGUUUCCUCAGAUACCUUUGCCACAAGACUUGGGGGAGGAUGAUGAUCUACAACAACUCAAUGAAGCCCUUGGGGCUGCAAAAACACGUGUAGAGUGCUGCAUGUCAUUCCUAAAAGCUGCUAUCAAGUGGUCUGCAGAGUUUGGAGCUCAUAGGAAUGGCUCUCCAGAACUACAUGUUAUGCUAGCUGAAUAUGUUUAUUCUGAAUCUCCUGAGCUGGACAUGACUAGAGUAUCAUAUCAUUUUGUUAGAGGAAACAACCCGAAGAAGUUUGCAUCUACUUUAGUCGAUUUUAUGGGCAAGUGUUAUCCUGGUGAAGAUGAUCUGGCCAUUGCACGAGCAAUUUUAAUGUAUUUAGCUAUGGGUAAUCUUAGAGAUGCUAAUAUCCUGAUGGAUGAGGUAAAGAAGCAUUCACAACAUAAGGAGCAUGACUUUCCUCAAUCAGAUUUGAUCCAAUUCCUCAAUUAUCUUCUGCCAACGUUGCAAAGAGAUGCUUUACCUCUUUUCAAUAUGCUGAGAACAAAUUAUAAGUCAAGCAUAGACAGGGAACCUGCAUUCAACGAGCUACUAGAUGAAAUUGCAGAGUUGUUCUAUGGUGUCCAACGUAGAAAUCCUUUGGAAGGGAUGUUUGGGGAUAUUUUCAAGGGGAUAUUGAAAGUGGCUGCUGAUAGUAAAGAUGAAUUCCUGCGGACUGUUUCACAACUCUUUUCAUGA